AUGUCCGGGAUUCGCAGCGCGCAUAAAGCAGGUGCUACACGGCACUCAUUCCCUCAGAAGCCGCGAGGCCUCUUUGUCAAUGGCGUCUGGCAAUGCGAGUGUAGUCCCCGGCUUCCGGCACUUCACCUUCAGACGAAAAAGGCGGGCGCUAAUAAAGGCCGUUGGUUCUACACCUGUCAGAAACAGCAGGAUGAUGUGAACCGAUGCAAAUUCUUCCUCUGGGACGACGAUGCAAAGCCUCGAGAAGAGCGUGCUCUGCUGAACAAUUCCCGCUCCGAGCCUGAACAUACCAACCGUACUCCCUCGAAACCUCGGAGAGUCGCCAGCCCUCCGCCCCCGUAUACAAUAGAGGCGGCGCCACCCGAUGCUCGGAGGAAGCGCAGGCGGGGAUCAUCGGAGGACAGUGAUGACUUUGGCCUUGACUCGUUGGAUUCUAUAUCGGGGGAUGAGCUUCUCGCGGCGGCAACCAGUGAGCCUCCCAGGAAGGCAACAAAGCAGGACAUGUACACAACUCCGAGGAGGAGACUUCCCUGGGAUAAUGCGCGUGGCGGCAUACCCACACCUCAGACGGAUGAGAGCCGACCCAUGUAUCAACUCCAAGGCGGAUUGCGGGAAGCAGGCGAGUUCGCGACGCCGUCCAAGAGUAGACCUAGCGGAGCAGCAUCGUAUUCUGAGUCUCCCAUACCGUCACCCUUCCAGACGCCAACGCCAUCACGCUUCAAGGAACCCAAUACCGCACGCUCAGAGAUGGGACUCGUGGACGAAGUGUUCCAGUUACUUCAAGAAGAGAAGGUGCAUCUUCAUGAGCAGGCAUCUGCCAAGCUGCGAGCAGUCCUGGGUAAACACUCCAGAAGAGCCGAAGGGAAUGCAAAGGCCAAGGAGGUACUCCGCCUGCGUAUCAAGGCGGAGGAAGCGAAGAAUAUGGAACUGUCUCUACGAAACAAUACACUGCAGGCCGAGCUCGAGGCGGCGCGGGCUACGAUAGACCACCUCAACUGGGAGAAAGAACACGGGGAUGAAGGGUGAUGCCUGCCAAAUCUGGAUUCAAGCAUUCCAUCGGGUUAUUUCGUUGACGGAUAAACUUGGAUUCCGUACCCAUCAGCCAGUUUAGCAUAUCUACUACUAAGAGGAGGUUCGUCAGGUGCACAAGGCAGAACUUAUAACUACAAAGUCCAACUACAACCUUCUAGCUUCGCUGAGGAGACAUUGAACACUACAUUCCUCUUAUCUGUCCUUGUCGCUGGAGAAAGGAAAGGCUAGCCUAAUGGAGACGAAGUGCGGGGGUAGCGAAAAGCUUGUCCAAAGC